AUGUCACAUCUGGCAUCAACUGGUAAAUGGGACGCAAGAUACGUUGGUCCCGUACCUCAUGACGCUGCAUACUAUGCCAAGUGCAUGCUCGGUGGUGUUCUUGCAUGCGGUAUCACUCAUGCCGGCCUCACACCUCUUGAUGUGGCAAAGUGUAACAUGCAGGUGAACCCUACAAAAUACAAGGGCCUCACGACCGGUCUUGCAACGCUCAUUCGCGAGGAGGGUCAGACCGGUAUCUGGAAAGGCUUCGGUCCCACCUUUGUCGGUUACUCGUUACAAGGCAUGUUCAAGUUCGGUCUCUAUGAAGUGUUCAAGGACCAGUACAUGAACUUGGCCGGUGAGGAGCUUUCUAACAAAUACAAGCCCGCUAUCUGGCUCGCUGGUUCCGCAUCGGCAGAGGUCUUUGCCGACAUCGCUCUCUGCCCUCUCGAGAUGACCAAAGUCAAGAUCCAAACCAGCCCUACUGGCACGUUCCCCACUACCUUUGGUGCCGCCCUUGCGGAGAUGAGCAGGACCAAGGUUGAGACUCGCUAUCCCUUUGGCUCCCUUGUUCCUCUAUGGUCUCGUCAGAUCCCCUACACCAUGGCCAAGUUCUUCUUCUUUGAGAAUAUCGUCCAGCUCUUCUACACUCACGUCUUCCCUGAGCCCAAAGAGACGUAUGCAAAGACUACUCAGCUCGGUGUCACUUUUGCUUCUGGUUAUCUUGCUGGUGUUGUUUGCGCUGUUGUCUCCCACCCGGCUGACACUGUGGUCUCCCUCAUGGGCAAGCCUUCCAACAAAGGCAAAAGCAUUGGCACUAUCGCAUCGGAAACUGGCCUAGUCACACUUACAACCAAGGGUCUCGGAACCCGUGUAUUGAUGAUCGGUACUCUCACUGGCUUCCAAUGGUGGAUCUACGACACUUUCAAGUCAUCAAUGGGUCUCGGCACCACCGGUGGCAAGUAGACUGCGCACUUUUCUGCACUGGUAGUCAGUGCUUAUAUGCCUUUCUUCAUUUACUUGUCUAAUUUACUAUGACAUGAGGACUCACAAUAGAUAUUUGCUCCUGGAAGUAUACCGUUUUUGGUUUACAUGGAUUAUUCCCUCUUGCUAUCUCUACCUAGUACACUCCCCGCUAUUUUUUCGGCAUACAAUAGAUUACGAUUGUAUUACGACCAAUACCACUCCGUCCUCCUCGCACGUCCGAAUCAGCGCGUCACCUGAAACAAAGUAUG